AUGGUGGAUUUUGCACGGGUACAGAAGGAGUUGCAAGAAUGCAACCGGGAUUUUGAGGUUUCAGGCAUAAAAGUUAUGCCGAAGAGCGAUGCUAAUUUGGCCCAUUUGCUUGGUACAAUCCCUGGUCCUCUUGGUACUCCUUAUGAAGGUGGCUCUUUCAAGAUCGACAUCACUUUGCCCGAUGGUUACCCUUUUGAGCCUCCCAAGAUGCAGUUUGCCACUAAAGUAUGGCAUCCUAAUAUAAGCAGUCAAAGUGGAGCAAUAUGCCUGGAUAUCUUGAAAGACCAGUGGAGCCCGGCACUCACUUUGAAGACAGCACUCCUUUCUGUACAAGCAUUACUCUCUGCUCCAGAACCUGAUGAUCCCCAAGAUGCUGUUGUAGCACAACAGUAUCUUAGGGACUACCCAACAUUUAUGGGCACAGCUCGUUAUUGGACUGAAGCAUUUGCCAUGACCUCGUCUCUUGGUGUUGAGGACAAGGUAUUAAAGCUCGUGGAAAUGGGCUUCCCUGAAGCUUUGGUUAGGAGUACUCUGGUUAGUGUUGAUGGCGAUGAAAACAUGGCUCUUGAAAAGCUUUGCUCUGGCUAG